AGUUACUGAAUAUACAGCCGUUCCCCAAGGAAGUGGGUAUUUUCUUCAAGACUAUUGUAAAGGAUACGAUAAAAGUUAGGGAAGAGAAAAACAUCACACGACCAGACAUGUUGAAUCUACUGUUGGAAGCAAGAAGAGGAGUUCAAAAAUACAGCGUGAAGGAAAACGCAGACAUCGAUACAGGAUUUUCCACCGCCCAAGAAAGCAACUCUGUAAAAUCUGCGAAAUUGCCCAGAGACAUAACAGAUACGGACAUCGCAGCGCAAGCUAUGAUCUUCUUUUUCGCCGGGUUUGAUUCCGUCUCAAACAUCAUGUCUUUCUUGGCAUAUGAAUUAGCGGCCAAUCCAGAUAUCCAGGACAUGUUAAGAGAUGAGGUUAGGUCUACUCUAGAAGAAUGUGAAGGUAAACUCACGUAUGAAGGUCUUCUCAAGAUGAAGUACAUGGACAUGGUCGUCUCAGAAACCCUACGGAAGUGGCCUAUACUCCUAGGUAUAGACAGAGUGUGCACAAAACCCUACACCAUAGAGCCAAUCUUGCCUGAUGAGACACCUCUGCGUGUAGAGAAAGACGUUAUGAUUUCUUUACCUGUGUAUGGUAUACACCACGACCCGAAAUAUUUUCCAAAUCCAGAACGUUUCGACCCCGAAAGAUUCAACGAUGAAAACAAAAGCGAAAUCAAGCCCUACUCCUACUUCCCGUUUGGUUUGGGUCCCCGUAACUGCAUUGGUUCUAGGUUUGCUCUACUGGAGAUCAAAACUGUGAUCUUUCAAAUUUUGAAACAUUUUGAACUGAUACCUGUGGAGAAAAGUAGAAUUCCAGUUCAGAUAUCCAGAAAGCAGUUUAACUUGACCGCUGAAGGCGGUUUUUGGUUCGGACUGAAACGUAUCAAUGUAUAAAUGUUAUUGCACAAAAUAUGUUUAAGGCACAAUAAAAUAUAUUGUUAUUGUUUUAUAAAUAAAAGAAUAUAAAACAGA